UCUCUCUUGUGUUGCUGAUCAUCAUCACUCAGGUUGGCCAUCGCCAUGGAUCCCUACAAGUACCGACCAUCGAGCGCCUACAAUACUCCGUUCUGGACUACCAACUCCGGCACCCCCGUUUAUGACAACGAUUCUGCCCUCACCAUCGGAUCUCGAGGUCCAAUUCUGCUAGAGGAUUAUCACUUCGUGGAGAAGAUUGCAAAUUUUACCAGGGAAAGAAUCCCAGAACGUGUUGUUCAUGCAAGGGGAGCUAGUGCCAAGGGUUUCUUCGAAGUCACACAUGAUAUCACUCACCUCACUUGUGCAGAUUUCCUUCGAGGCCCUGGAGUUCAAACCCCCGUCAUCGUCCGUUUCUCCACUGUCAUCCAUGAACGUGGUAGCCCUGAAACUAUUAGAGAUCCUCGUGGUUUUGCUGUCAAAUUUUACACCAGAGAGGGUAACUUCGAUCUGGUGGGAAACAACUUUCCCGUCUUCUUCAUCCGUGAUGCAAUGAAGUUUCCAGAUGUGAUCCAUGCUUUCAAACCCAACCCCAAGUCUCAUAUCCAGGAGUACUGGAGGGUCCUUGACUUCUGUUCCCAUCUUCCAGAAAGCCUUCACACAUUUAUGUUCUUGUUUGAUGAUGUGGGCGUGCCCCAAGAUUACAGGCACAUGGAAGGUUCUAGUGUUAACACAUAUACUUUGAUCAACAAGGCUGGCAAAGUACAUUAUGUGAAGUUCCACUGGAAACCUACCUUGGGUGUUAAGUGUCUGCUGGAGGAGGAAGCCAUUAGGGUCGGAGGAGCGAACCACAGUCAUGCAACCCAAGAUCUUUAUGAUUCUAUUGCAUCUGGCAACUAUCCUGAGUGGAAACUCUUCAUCCAAACCAUUGAUCCUGAUUUUGAAGACAGAUUUGACUUUGACCCACUUGAUGGAACUAAGACUUGGCCAGAGGACCUGGUACCCCUCCAGCCAGUUGGUCGCUUGGUCUUGAACAGGAACAUCGACAACUUCUUUGCUGAGAACGAGCAACUUGCAUUUAACCCUGCCCUUGUCGUGCCUGGCGUAUACUUCUCAGAUGAUAAGGUGCUCCAAGGUCGUAUCUUCGCCUAUGCUGACACGCAGCGACACAGAAUUGGACCAAACUAUCUGCAACUUCCUGUAAAUGCUCCCAAGUGUGCUCAUCACAACAAUCACUACGACGGUGCCAUGAAUUUCAUGCACAGGGAUGAGGAGGUCGACUACUUCCCAUCAAGGUAUGACCCUGCUCGCCACGCAGAAAAGUUCCCAAUUCCUCCUGUUAUUUUAAGGGGAAGGCGUGACAAGCGCAUAAUUGAGAAGGAGAACAACUUCAAGCAGCCUGGGGAGCUAUACCGAUCCUGGGCAGCUGACAGGCAAGAUAGGUUUAUCCGCAGAUGGGUUGGAGUUUUAUCAGACCCACGCGUCACACAUGAGGUCCGCAGCGUCUGGAUAUCUUACUUAUCUCAGGCCGAUCGUUCUCUUGGUCAAAAGGUAGCAUCCCAUCUGAACAUGAGGCCAAAUAUCUAAGGCGAGCUGCCGAAGAAUGUUGAUAUAUAUAUAUAUAUAUAUAUAUAUAAUGAUGUGGCUGUGAGGCGAUUUGAAAGGACCGAUCAUCAAUCUUCUAGUUUUUUUUCCCUAAUUGCAGUAUCAUGUAUACAAUAAACUGUUUGUAUCUGUCAACUCUCUGUUUCACAUGUCUUGUGCUCCUCCUCUUUUAAUUAAUGAUGUGGCUGUGAGGUCAUUUGAGAGGAUCAUGAUCAUCGAUCAAUAUCCCUUCAUUGCAGUAUCAUGUUGUUUGCCAAUGUGUACAAAUCCACUAGUAUGAGAAUAAAAUCUGCCGGCUAUCUAUUUUAUUUCUUCUCUUCA